GCACGGCGGAAUAGCAUCGGCACUGUGGGACCACGAGAAAAUUGGGGGUGGUGGGUUGUGUGUGGUGAAGUUGGGACACAGAAGCUAACGUUGUAUCGCUGAUCAAGGGCAGUUUCAAGGACAACGCCAUACUCAUCGCAUUCUGAAAGCUGUGGGGCUUGAGGCCAUCCAUAAAAGGCUGUGUUUUGAAGGUUGCAGCUGCAGCCUGAAGGUGCUAAAAUGAGUGCAAAGUCAGGGAAUCAAUUUGAGGCUUUAAAAAUGAGUGAUGACAGUGGAGAGGAAGACAGGGAGCUGAAAGUUGGUCAUAAACUGCCUCCUCUGGAGAUCCCACCACACCAUCACAAGCUGCAGCAUGUGCACUGCUUGUGGUUCACGGCACGUUCGCCAGGCAACAAACACUCAGCCAGCUUUGACCAGAACCUCAAGCUGGUUGGAAGGUUUGGCUCAGUGGAGCAGUUCUGGUCGAUAUACGGGCACUGUGUCAGGCCACAUGACAUGAAGGGCCACAGUGACUACCACCUCUUCAAGGAGGGCAUCAAACCCAUGUGGGAGGACGACGCCAACAGUCGCGGCGGGAAGUGGAUCGUGCGGCUGCGCAAAGGCCUGGCGUCGCGCUGCUGGGAGAACCUGGUGCUGGCGCUGCUCGGCGAGCAGUUCAUGGUGGGAGAGGAGAUCUGCGGCGCCGUGGUCAGCGUGCGGCACAUGGAGGACAUCAUCUCCGUGUGGAACCGCACGGCCGCCGACACACCCACCACCGCCCGCAUCCGGGACACGCUCAAGCGCGUGCUCAACCUGCCGCACAACACCAUCAUGGAGUACAAAACGCACACGGACAGUCUCAGAGACAACUCUAGCUUCCGCAACACGGAUCUGUUCGUCAAGUAAGCGUCCACCGGAGUGGAGUGGCAUGCUGACAUCUAGCGGCUGGUGAUAGAAGCUUCGACGUCUCCCGGUGUCUGGUGCCUCUCGGCCUCUGUCCAAUGGUGCGCCUCGCGCGCGACAGUCAUCAAAUACACUUGUUUUUACGCAUGA